AUGAUGUCGUCCUCUUCGCUGUCGUCGCCGCCAUCGACGGUGUCGUCGAUCGUACGCUUCAAAGUGGCCAUCGAUGGCAGUGAUGGCCGUCAGCCGCGACCGCCGCCGAAGGCCACCCGGUUUUUGGCCAUUGAACCCAAAGACCGGUUGUUUGACUUCAAAGACCUCAAGACAUACAUCCGUCAGAGGCUCGCCAUCGACGACGACAUCGAUGUACUCAUCGACGAUAUCGUUGUCGACGACUAUCUCUCCGUACGGAUCAUCAAAUCGGACGAAGUGCUGGUCGUCCGCCGCCUCCGCGGUAGCCGUGAGUCAGUGUAUUGUCAGUCUUCGCCGCCUCCGUCUGGCCGUCGGUUCGUGUCUCCAAUGGCCUCAUUCACUCAAGACACCCGGCAUUCAAUUGGCUGUCAGACCGAAGAGCUCAAUGACGACCACUCGGCGCCCGCCAUAUCCAGUCCAUCCAUUUUGGUCACCAGUCGUUUGCAAAGAGCGCCGGGAAAUCGUGCCAAGAAGACAGUGAGAUGGGUGGCCAAUGGAUCACAUCAUAUGGACAACGAUUGGGACCAAUCUAUUGCUCAGAACGACAUCCCAUCCACUGUUGAAGACUAUAAUGGGAACAAUACUGAAGACAACAAUGAAGAGAACGGAUCCACGAGUGAUGGCUUGCAUGAGAGGCCUAAAAGAGCCCGCAAACCGACCGCGAGAUAUACA